AUGUUUGAAUUUGUUAUGGAUCAAUAUGCUACUCUCUCUGCAUUAUUUAUUUUUGCCUCACCUGCUGUAUGGAAUACACUUGCUCAUAUAGAAUAUUUUACACAUAAGAUUUCACAAUUGUUCCAUGGAAAUAAAGAAAACGGAUUUAGAUUUGUUAUGUGUAUUAUUAUUAGUAUGCAAAUCAUCAGAAAUAUAUUUUUCUAUAUUGCAUGUACAAGUGCUGUUCCAAUGAUUCCAGCUAUUGAUUCAUUCCUUAGUUCUAUUCCAACUUUAGUUAAUAUUGUUGCUAUUCCUAUUCAAAUUUUUGGUUGGGUUCUUUCUAUCAGUUCAUUCUAUAGACUUGGAUUUAAAGGAACAUAUGAAGGUGAUUGUUUUGGAUUUCUUUUUGAUGAGUUUGUUGUUGUUGAAUUUUAG